AUGAGGCUGGAUGGCCGCACCACGUGGGACGAUGGAAAUGGCUUUAAAACAAGUACCAUGAGGCUUGGAGCUGAUGUUAUUGUCUUCUCACGAUCUUUUGGGGGAGGAGGGAAAAGGCUCACGCAAAGCAUUGGAUUAUUGUCAUACACAUUUUUGAGAAGCACAGGAAAAGAAGAUAUUUUGGUUCCCAUGCUUGAUUAUGAAAGAAGAGGACAAGAAUGGCAUAAGAUAGUUCGACCUUCUGCGGGUGACUGGAAUAUAAAUGUUGAAACAAUAGUCCAAUGGUCUCCAUUUUCAAGUGAAGCAGAUCUUAUUCGGCAGUUUAAUCAGAUGAAGGAUCACGGUACACGGAUAAUCGUGUAUAAUCUAUGGGAGGAUGACCAGGGUCUAUUGGAACUUGAUUUUGACACCGAUCCACAUGAUAUCCAAAUCCGAGGCGUCAACAGAGAUGAGAAGAACAUAAAAAUGGCACAGCUAUAUCCCAACUCCAGGCACUUUCUUACAUAUCGGCAUUCAUUGAGGAGCUAUGCAUCUAUUCUCUACCUCAGAAUUCCUCCUAGCUUUCGAAUUAUUCUCCGCGGGAAAGAUGUUGAACACCAUAAUAUAGUGAAUGACAUGAUGAUGUCCCAGGAGGUUACUUAUCGUCCACAGCCUGGAACUGAUGGGGUCCCAAAAGUUGCUAAUAUGGUUGCUUCUGUCACUAUUGGGUUUGUAAAGGAUGCAAAAGCGCAUAUUGAUGUUCAAGGUUUUAAUGUUUAUCACAAAAAUCGACUCAUUAAGCCAUUUUGGAGACUUUGGCAUGCUCCUGGUAGUGAUGGUCGUGGAGUUAUAGGUGUGCUGGAAGCCAAUUUUGUUGAACCAGCACAUGAUAAGCAAGGGUUCGAGCGUACUACAGUUCUUGCAAGACUGGAGGCACAAUUGAUACAGAUGCAAAAGACAUAUUGGUCAUCAAAUUGUCACCACAUUGGCUAUUCUUGA